AUGAUGCAACAAAAUCCACAACAACUCCAACAAGAACAACAAAUUAAUGUAAUUAAACAAGCUUUUUCAACAGCGCUACGAGAGUUAUUUGAAAAUAAUGAUCCACGAAAAUAUGUGAGUGUCGUACAAAAAUUCCAUCAACUCAGUCCUCUCCAACUUGUACUCACUUUCAAAGCACUCUCAAGGAUAACCAACGAAAUUGUACAUUCAAGAUCCCUCAAUAAUAGUCAAUAUUCAAAUUGUAAAGAUUUAAUUCAUGCCAUCCUCUCCACUAGCACAAAAGUAAUGUGUUCUAAUAACAAGGAUUUACAAAUUAGUUUCGAUACAUUGUGUUUGGCUCUUUAUACCACAUCUUCGUCUACUAAUAGUACUCUCAUAACAACAACAAAUAACAAUACUACUGCUACAAGUAUUCACGAAAUGAUAAUUUCCUGCCUUGUUGAACAUUUCCUUCCGAUACCAGAUUUCGAGCUGAAGAGAAUUGAAGAAAAUAAUGGUGGAUUAAAAUUAACAGCAGAACUCAUAGAAACGCUCGAAAGAACAAGAAAACAAAAUGUACAUAAUCUCCUCUACAAAAUACAAAAAAAAGCUACCAACCAACACUUGUUCAUUACUCAACUUAAAGAUAGAAUUAGACAGGUUUAUCCUCAUGCCUCACACUCACUUUCAAUUCAUAGAGCAUUUGUUGAUAAUGCUUUAAGUUUGGAUAGAUAUAUUCCCUCACUUACUAGCUUCUGUUUCUCCUCGGUUGUACAAAGUCUAAUUGAAAUGGAUGCCCAACUUGUUGCAAUGAAUUCACAAAAUGAUACCUUCUCAUCACAAACCAAUAAGCAUAUUGGAAAUAUGAAUAAUGAAGCAUCAGAUGUUAAACAUCUAGAAAACGCUGUAUUUGAUUUUGAAUUUGAUGAAUCCAAUGCUGAAGAGAUGCGUAUUUACUGUGCUGAAAAACUUGAUUCCAUUGUUACCAUUCUAUUUGAAUAUAUCAAUGAACGUGCCAAUGCUCCACCUUCUUCUCCUGUACAUUUACAUCCACCAAGACAAAAUAACAAGUAUCUAGAAAGUGGCAAUAGCGAAAUUAAGGGAAAAAAUGAAUUUCUUGAUUCCAUAUUCCACUCCAUGAUGGUUUUAUUCAGAAGCUUUGUACUUAACCAAUAUCAACUUCACUCUAUUCAAUUUUUAAUGUUUUACGUUUGCAGUUUUCACGUUAAUUAUAUGGAAAGAUUUAUCAGUUUUUUACUUGGAAAUAUAUUCAACAGUCAACUUCAUGUUGAGGUUAGAAAAUGUUGUGCUGCUUAUUUAUCCGGUCUUUUAUCAAGAGCAAAAUAUGUUACUAAUACCAUUGUUUUAAGAACUUUGGGUCAAUUAUUAGCCUGGUCAGAAAAGUAUAUUAUAACUUUUGAGCAAAGUUUACAAUACUUAGAUGUAGAAACUCAUAGUUUGUUUUAUUCUAUUUGCCAAGGAGUUUUCUAUGUGUUAUGUUUCAAAAUACAACAAUUGCUCAAACCAGAAGAUGGGGAAGGAGGUGAAACCUCACCUAUUAGAAAGGAUGUCAAACAACUAAUGGCAGAAGGUAGACAAUUUUUCUCCCAAAGUCCUAUCAAACGUAUUAUUUAUUCUAAAUUUAAUCCUCUUAAGAUUGUAGCUUCUGAUGUUGCUGAAGAAGUUGUUAAUGCCUUUUCUCGUUUCUACCUCUUUGAUUUCCAUCAUGUUCUGGAGGAAAACCAAAACAUUGUUGUUCCUCUUCGUGGUGGAUAUGGAGGUGUGAAUUAUCUUGAGAAUAACUUUUUCCCAUUCGAUCCAUAUUUGUUAAGAAAAUCUGAAAAAUAUAUUUUGCCAAUCUAUCAAAAAUGGGAAUAUCCAAAUAUCAAUCCAACAACUGGGUAUGAUUCGAGUGAUUUUGGAACUAACUCACAAUUUUCUUCCAAUUCACAAAGACAAGAUUUCUAUUGUGGAUCUGCUGGUAAUUCUGGUAUGAUGGACGAAUGGGACAGAUUGAGGAAUAUGUCAAAAACCAAUAACCACAGAAAUUCGGAGGCAAACAAUUUUCUCUUUGAAUCUCUACACUCUCCUCAAUCAAAAUCUCCACUACAUGCCAUGAUGAAAAAAAGACCAGAAUCUUAUGACGAGGAUGAAAUGAUGGAUGAUGAUAAUGGAAUUUUCGAUCUCUCAGAAGACGAACAGGAAGAAUAUAAUGAUGAUAGCAGCCUGGAUAGUGGGGAUGAGGAACAAUUUGAAUUGGAUGAUGAUGAAUACUAUGAAGGUUCUCAUCCAGGUAUGAUGAUUGGUCAACGAGGAAGAUCUCCUCCAAAAGCUAUUAAUAUUAAGAAAAGGAGAGAAUCAGGAGGAAGCUGUGGAAGAAAUAAUAGUAGCAUUUUGGGAAUGUCUGUUGGCUCUGGAAGUUUGGAAGAUAGCCCUGUAAAGAGUCCAUAUGGUUGGAAUGCUAUUAGUUUAUCACCACAUGUUUAG